AUGGAACAUGGAUUGGGACUUGACGACGACGAAGAAAACAAAGACGAUGAUGACGACAAUACCAACGACAACGAUGACAAGACCAAUGACGACGACAUUAUUACCAACGACGAUGACCAGACCAACGACCACAAUGACAAGACCAACGACAACGAUGACAAGACCAAUGACGACGACAAGACCAACAACGAUGACAAGACCAACGACGACGACAAGACCGAAGACGAGGACGACUAUCAGGAGAAGGUUAAUGAAGAGGACGAUGCAGAGGAAGAAGAACAGGAAGACGACAAGGAAGAACACCAGGAGACGGAAAAGAAAAAGUUCGAAGAGGAAGAAGGCGGACAGAAGGAAAAUGAAGAGGACGAGGAGGAAGACCACGGAAAGGAAGAAGACAGAGACUUGACUGACGCCAAUGUCCUUAUUACGGAAAUCACUGGAAGGUCGAGUCACGACAAUACCGAAUCAGAGACCUCGAACGCAGCUAGUGUCGACGUGACCCCUCCGCAGGAGGUAAAGACACUUCCUCAGAAGGAGAAAAUGGAACUCAAAUUCACUGAUGGGGAUUUGUACGAGUUCCAACUGUCCGUGAAAGAGAAACAGAUUCUCCGAAAAUUACAGAACGAGGUCCAAGAAUUCACGAAAUUCUACAAUGUCCGCCUCGUCCUUCCCGACGGCGACGUCCAGGAGGCCGCCUUUCUAGAGGGCGCUGAAAAUCGAGUGCAAAUGGCCUUCCUGCACAUUCAGGAGAUCCUGACGAGUUUGAAGGGAAGGGACACUGCAACGUCGAUAUGGAAGAGCUUUCUCCUCAUCAGGAGACAGAGGAAGACCACAGGCAGGAAGUCCAGCAGAAUGACAAUAUAUUAUGUUUUGCUGAUGCACUCAAAAGGAAGCCCGAACAGCCUGUGGUUAAGCAUCCAACGUUUGUUAUUGUGCGACGUCGAACUCUUCCACUCAUCGAGGAAUUACCACUAG